CGCCCCUCGCACCGCAGUUCGCCCAGCAUGCAGAUCAAGAUCAAGACUCUUACCGGCAAGGAGAUCGAGCUCGACAUUGAGCCCUCUCACACGACCCAGAAGAUCAAGGAGCAGCUCGAGGAGAAGGAGGGGAUCCCGCCCGCACAGCAGCGCCUCAUCUUCCUCGGCAAGGCCAUGCCCGACGACAAGAAGGCCGAGGACCUCAAGGUCGAGGCCGGCUCGACGCUCCACCUCGUCCUCACCCUCCGAGGCGGUCGCUGCUGAGCGUACCUGUUCUCCCCUCGACGGUCGGGGGCGC